AUGUUCAAAAUCCAAACACUCUGGCAAGCGCCAGAGAUCAAUCCAGUCAAUGGGAAAGCUCGAUCUAUCCCCAUCUUUAAUCCUUUCAACAAAUACGGCAGAGUGUUCUUCUUUUCUUGGUGGGGCUUUUUGAUAGCCUUUUGGUCUUGGUAUGCUUUUCCACCAUUGCUAUCUCUCACAAUCAAGAAAGAUCUUCAUCUCACUCAAAAUGAGAUUGCAAAUUCCAACAUUAUUGCUCUUGUGGCGACACUCCUCGUCCGAUUAGUCGCAGGCCCAUGUUGCGAUCAUUUCGGCCCCAAGGUUACAUUCGCAGGAUGCUUGCUACUCGGAGCCAUUCCGACUGCUCUUGCCGGCACCGUGACGUCUGCAACCGGCCUUAUGGUCCUUCGAUUCUUCAUUGGUAUACUCGGCGGUUCUUUUGUUCCAUGCCAAGUAUGGUCCACUGGUUUUUUUGAUAAGAACAUUGUUGGUACCGCCAACUCCUUGACUGGAGGCUGGGGAAAUUCUGGAGGAGGAAUAACUUAUUUCGUCAUGCCAGCCAUUGUCGACUCUCUGAUACUGAACCAAGGGCUCACUUCCCACGUCGCUUGGAGGAUAUCCUUCAUCGUCCCCUUUAUUCUCAUAACCACGACGGCCAUAUCAAUGCUCAUCCUCUGCCCUGAUACCCCAACUGGCAAAUGGUCAGAUAGGCACCUCGCCGUCCAACAAAAUCUUCGAGCUCACGGCAUCCACAGCCCCUCGGACAAUAUAGUAUCCGUACCUGGCUCAAUCACUGACCGCAAGCCUGAUAACAUCCAUUCGCCCACCCAUCCCGUCUCAUCCUCAAACUCUACAUUCGGCAAUGAAAAACGUCUCGAAGAAGAAGCACAAAUCGCAUCCGCCAAGCAUAGUACCGCAGAACCAUACAACAACGAAGCUCCCCUCCCUCCCCAAGAAAUGCUCACCAUCGCUCGCGGCGAAGUAAUCCAAAAACCCUCUUUCAAAGAAGCCCUCAACGUAAUCCUCACCCCACAAACCCUCCUCGUCGCCUCCUGUUACUUCUGUUCCUUCGGCGCUGAGCUAGCCAUCAACUCCAUCCUCGGCUCCUACUAUCUCAAAAACUUCCCCAAACUAGGCGAAGCCGGAACCGGUCGUUGGGCAGCCAUGUUUGGUCUUCUCAACAUUGUUUUCCGUCCCCUAGGCGGAAUUCUCUCCGAUCUCCUCUAUCGCAAAACAGGAAACGUAUGGACGAAGAAAAUUUGGCUACACACUCUUGCCAUUUUCACCGGCGCCUUUUUGAUCGCCAUCGGACUCACGGAUUCACACAGUCACUCCACGAUGUUUGGGCUCGUAGCAGGCAUGGGACUUUUUCUUGAAGCAGGCAAUGGGGCGAACUUUUCGCUCGUGCCCCAUAUUCAUCCAUUCGCCAAUGGAAUCAUCAGUGGUGUCGUUGGCGCGUGUGGGAAUUUGGGAGGAAUCGUAUUUGCGAUUAUUUUCCGCUACGAGGGAAAGGAUUAUGCGAAGUGUUUUUGGAUUAUUGGCGUCUUCACAAUUGCGGUCAAUGUAGCAGUGUCUUGGGUGAAACCUAUUCCGAAGGGACAGGUUGGCGGGAGAUGA